AUGUUGAACAACCUCGCUGGCACAAUUUCUCCUGCAGAGAAGGCUGCCUAUCUGCGCACGCUCCCGGCGAUUCGAGAGCGAUGUAGCAGGGUCCACGAGUUGGCGAAGCAGGGAAAGCUUCAGUACUUUGACUACCACCAGGAGAAGGAGGCCGCUGCUGUCGAGCUAUGCAUCAAGAUUAUGAAGAGCAAGUACGGUGAAGGGGACCAAGUUAAAGUCGAACGGAUUCCCCCUCAUGGGAGAUGGAGACAUCUAGACUUUGGCCACCCUCGUGUUGAACAACUACUCCAGACCUGGAAGGAAGGAAACACUGUCGACGCCAAGGAACGAGCGCGACGAGCCAUUGACCUCUUUGUCGUCUCUGUCCUCCUUGAUGCAGGCGCAGGAAACGUUUGGAAAUACGAAGAGAAGGAGACAGGCGAGACUUAUGUGCGUAGCGAGGGUCUGGGCGUUGCAAGCUUCAGGAUGUUCGAGGCGGGAGCGUUCUCCAGCGAUCCAAACCAGCCGUUCCAGGCAGAUGCGGAGGGACUCAUUCGGCUAACACCCCAAACUGUUGGAAGCUUGAUGCAGGUCUCGGACCAAAACCCUAUGGUCGGAGUGGAAGGUCGUGCCAAUCUACUGUCGAGCCUCGGCCAAGCUCUCAAAUCCAAUCCCAAGUACUUUGGAAAGGAUGGUCGGGUCGGGAACAUUGUCGACUUCCUUUCCCCUGAAACUCGGACGGACGAAUCGGGAGCCGUGCAUCUCCCUCUGGCUGCCCUAUGGGAGGUAAUGAUUGACGGUCUCUCCUCCAUCUGGCCCUCCCGCCAUUCCCUAGGCGAUGUCGCUUUGGGUGACGUUUGGCCAUGUCCUGCUCUGGUCGCUGGCAAAGAUGGUUCUGCUGACGAAGGCGACGAUCUAGUCCCCUUCCACAAGCUCACUCAAUGGUUAACGUACAGCCUCAUUGAGGUAUUCGAGAAGGUUUUGCAAUGGAAGGUUGCGGGGAUGGAGGAUAUGACUGGCCUCCCCGAGUACCGCAACGGAGGUCUUCUAAUCGACCUUGGAGUCCUCUCGCUCAAGCCCGGUGCACUCCCCACAGACGAAAAGUCAGGUUUGCCCUACGCCGAACCCUCCCACCCCGCCAUCGUCGAAUGGCGCGCCAUGACUGUCAUUGAGCUGGACCGAAUUGCUGAAGGGAUUCGCAAGGCUUUGAACUUGACAGCUGACCAGCUCACCCUCGCUCAGAUUCUGGAGAGUGCUACUUGGUCUGGUGGACGGCAUAUAGCCAAAGAGAAACGCCCCGCAACCGGUGGACCUCCCAUCGAAAUCCAAAGCGACGGGACUGUGUUCUAGGCAUACUUAUACACUCCACGCUCUGUAUCUUGACCUUUGAUGGCGAAUGGUAUCGAUUAUUAGU